GAAGAAACAACUUAGCCUCAAAAUGGCAUCCUAUGAGCUACUUGAUCAGCAAGAAGAAGAUUCUCUCCACAAGUCUCGCCUUCUAAACGUCGAGGAGAAACCAUUCAAGCGUAUUUCGAAACGCCUUUUGAACCCGGAUUCUUUGACAGUUUCGUACGCGACGCUCCUUCCUACGCCUCCUCCCGAUGAAGCAGAAAAAGAUGAUGGAGCGGUAGAGGCAGAGGGACAGAGACGGCUCGAGACAUGGCGGAAUUUCCGCGACGAUGUAACUCUUGAUUUCGCCGCAUUUGAAGGAAGCGUAUCGCGCAUCCAAUUUUUGCUUACCAGUAACGAGAAGGAACGGGAACGCUAUGCAGCUGAGAAACACCGAAUUCUGUCUACGAUGCAAGCGGUCCGAGACAGUACGAAUGAACUGCGCGGACAGCUGGAGGAGGCACAGCGGGCGCUUGCACUACGGAAAACUUACGAUGAGCUGGCCGAGAAGAUUACGAGUAAUAGGUUGCUUAAACCACGUGAAGACCAGCAGGCCAAUCUGCAGAAGUUGCGGGCAGAAAUCACCGAGUUGGAGGAGGAGAGUAAGGAGUAUGCGAAGACAUGGGCCGAACGGCGAGAGCAGUUUGGUCGUAUUGUUGAGGAGGGGAUGCAGCUUCGGCGGUUGAUUCGCGAUGAGAAAGAAGAGGUAGAACGUCGUGAAGGUAUGCAGGAUGGCCAAGAGGGUGACGAAGCCGAUGUGCCUUCAAAGGGUAAAUCGAGCGAAGCCGGCACCCCUCGGUUUGAGUCUGAUACCGGGACUCCCUCACAACACAAUCUACAAGUUGAGAAGACCUCUACUGUAAGAAGAGCUGCAUCACCCUUACGCCAAGCGACUACUGUUGGCGACGAGAAGCCAUUGCAGGAGGACACCACCAUGGUAGAUGAAGGAGAAGUAACGGCGGAGGACGAUUCCGGACAACUUGACGAUCUAGAAGAAGGGGAAGAAGCUCCUGAUAAUCACACGGCCGACCGAAUGGACACUACAUAG